AAUCUUCGUACAAUAGAAGAUCUUUGCUGUAGUUCCGGGGCGGAUCCAAAAUGGCGUCUGUUGCGAGGGCCCUGCAGUAAAAAAAUUCGAGGCGGUAGAGUGAAUGAAGUCAGCUGACCUCAGGCCGCUGUCACGCACCGCAGUAUCAGCCGCUUCUCUCUCGAGGCAGAACGCAAAACGGACACUACACGACUUGACGUUGCAUUACUAACCUGUGAGGAUGGACCUGUCUAAGCUGCCGAAGAUCAGAGACGAGGAGCGAGAGAGUCAGUUUGGAUACGUUCAUGGCGUCUCCGGGCCAGUGGUGACGGCGACGGCCAUGGCCGGAGCGGCCAUGUACGAGCUGGUUCGUGUCGGCCACAGCGAGCUGGUGGGGGAGAUCAUCAGGCUGGAGGGAGACAUGGCCACCAUCCAGGUCUACGAGGAGACGUCUGGUGUGUCCGUGGGAGACCCUGUUCUGCGGACAGGGAAGCCUCUCUCCGUCGAGCUGGGCCCGGGAAUCAUGGGCUCCAUCUUUGAUGGUAUCCAGCGACCCCUGAAGGACAUCAACGACCUCACACAGAGCAUCUACAUCCCCAGAGGAGUCAACAUCGGAUCUCUGAACCGAGACCUGAAGUGGGAGUUUUCUCCUUGCAAGAGCCUGCGGGUCGGCAGUCACAUCACAGGAGGAGACAUCUAUGGGAUGGUCUUUGAGAACUCCCUCAUCAAGCACAAAAUCAUGCUGCCUCCCAAGAACAGAGGCACCGUGACGUAUGUGGCUCCUCCCGGGACCUACGACCUCUCCGAUGUGGUGAUGGAGCUGGAGUUUGAGGGCAUAAAGGAGAAGUUCACCAUGGUGCAGGUGUGGCCCGUCAGGCAGGUGAGGCCCGUCACAGAGAAGCUGCCCGCAAAUCACCCGCUGCUGACCGGACAGAGAGUGCUGGACGCCCUUUUCCCAUGUGUGCAAGGAGGAACCACAGCCAUUCCAGGAGCCUUUGGGUGUGGCAAGACCGUCAUCUCCCAGUCUCUGUCCAAGUACUCCAACAGCGACGUGAUUAUCUACGUAGGCUGUGGGGAGCGUGGGAACGAGAUGUCAGAAGUGCUGCGGGACUUCCCCGAGCUAACCAUGGAGGUGGACGGAAAAACGGAGAGCAUCAUGAAAAGAACGGCGCUGGUGGCCAACACCUCCAACAUGCCCGUGGCUGCCAGAGAGGCCUCCAUCUACACCGGAAUUACAUUGUCGGAGUACUUCAGAGACAUGGGCUACAACGUGAGCAUGAUGGCCGACUCCACGUCCCGUUGGGCCGAGGCUCUCAGGGAGAUUUCAGGCCGUCUGGCUGAGAUGCCCGCCGACAGCGGCUAUCCCGCCUACCUGGGAGCCCGGCUCGCCUCCUUCUAUGAGCGAGCUGGAAGGGUUAAGUGUUUGGGUAACCCAGAGAGAGAGGGCAGCGUCAGCAUCGUGGGAGCCGUGUCGCCUCCCGGUGGUGACUUCUCUGACCCCGUCACCUCAGCCACACUCGGUAUCGUUCAGGUGUUCUGGGGUCUGGAUAAGAAGCUGGCUCAGAGGAAGCACUUCCCUUCCGUCAACUGGCUCAUCAGCUACAGCAAAUACACUCGAGCUCUGGAUGAAUACUAUGACAAACACUUCCCGGAGUUCGUGCCCCUGCGUAUCAAGGCCAAGGAGAUCCUGCAGGAGGAGGAGGACCUGGCUGAGAUCGUGCAGCUCGUUGGAAAGGCCUCGUUGGCAGAAACGGAUAAAAUCACACUGGAAGUGGCCAAACUCAUUAAAGACGACUUCCUGCAGCAGAACGGUUACACCCCUUAUGACAGGUUCUGUCCCUUCUACAAAACGGUAGGAAUUCUGUCCAACAUGAUAGCGUUUUACGACAUGGCGCGACACGCGGUGGAGACCACGGCUCAGAGCGACAACAAGAUCACCUGGGCCAUGAUCAGGGAGCACAUGGGAGAAAUCCUCUACAGGAUCAGCUCCAUGAAAUUCAAGGACCCGGUGAAGGACGGCGAGGCCAAGAUCAAGGGCGAGUACGCUCAGCUCCUGGAGGACAUGCAGAACUCCUUCCGAACUCUGGAGGAAUAGGCUCCCUCUCUCCCAACCAGCAUCUCCAUGUUCCAUCUCUGGACCCUUCCACCACAGAGCACAUUCCACCUCUGUAUACUCCUUCUGCGAUCCCCCCUCCCUCCCUCCCUCCCUCCCUCCCUCCCCCGUGCUCCCCUGUUGUUGACCGUGAGAGUGUAUGUGUGUGAAACUCGACGUGGAAGGAAAAAGAGAAAGAUGUACUGUAUUCAUUCUUCUUUGCUGCCUCACACACACACGUUCUCUGGGCCUCCUGCGUGUCCACAGACGUGUGUGUGUGUGUGCAGGUGUGUGUGGUGAUUUAAUGCCUCGUCUCUUCCUUUCUCCGUUUACAUGAUUCUUGUGUAGUUGUGUUGCUUUUCCUGAAGAGGAUCUUUCAGCCGAUGUGAUUCAUCGGCCAUCUGUACAGAAGAAUAUAAAUUUAAUAAGAUCAAGUCUAUUUAUUGCCGGUGUUUUGACGUAGAGGCUCUCUCUCUCUUUUGUUGUUGUUUUUAUGGUGAACUUCAGGCUGUGCCGUGUUGUGUACUUUACCGCGUGAAUGUGUAAGAGUCAGACUCUGCUGUCCAUCUGUUUCAUCAUGUUACUCUCAAAGAAUUAAAACACCGCAGAGACAAAAGCAACAA